AUGAAGACCGACAAGGACAAAGACGGAGCGUUGUCGCUGAAGGAACUGGAGGAACGAAUCAUUAGCAACACUCGAGCUCAUCUUGAAGAAGCUAUCAUAGAAGCACAGUCACAUUUCAACAUUGUCGACACCAACAAGGAUGGAAAGGUGUCAUGGAGCGAGUAUGAACCACACUACCUCUCUAAGGAUUCUCACAAAGAUGGACAUGAUCAUGAGAAUGUCAACGGCGUCGACUCUUUUGCUGGAACUGAGCGAGCGACAUUCGAUAGAGCUGACUUGAACAGUGACGGUUUACUCGACCCUGAGGAGUGGCUCAGGUAA